AGGGGCGGGACCCCGGCGUUUCAUAACAACCCCGUACGUCUUUAUAAAACAAGAGCACCGAGGGACCUCAUGAAGCGAAUGUUAUACCGGGAUCACUUUAUUGAAUAAAACAUGAUCCAAGUGACCAUCUAAAAGCUCUUUUUCAGGGAAUACUGCAGCUCCUCACAAUGAAGCGUCUUUUCCUCGUGGAGCCUGUGGUGGCUCUGUACGCUUUCUCCAGUUUUCUCAUCUAUCCACUUGUGCAGCAGUAUGUGUACCGAAGGCUCUGGCAGCAACUAUCAAACACCACAUAUCCCAUCUCGGACAACACCUCCAGGUGUGCAGGAAACAGCAGCGGCAACCAUUCAAGCUAUCAUGAGGAGGUACAGAGGCAGGCCUCUCUCUUCUCCCUUUACACAGAGGUCUUCUCCACAGUCCCCUCUUUGGUUGUCACUCUCAUGCUUGUGGCCUAUAGUGACCGGGGAGGACGCAAGAUCACAAUCAUCAUGCCUCUGAUUGGCACAUUGAUCUACACCUUGACCUUCCUGAUGGUGUCCUUCUUUGAACUCAACGUUUACUUGCUCAUUGGCUCGUCGCUUCUCAGUUCUCUGUUUGGUGGCAUAGGGACAUUUCUGGGGGGCUGUUUUGCCUACAUAGCAGACUUGUGUGAGGAUGAUCGUCAGAAGACACUACGCAUGGCUGGAGUGGACAUGAUGAUUGGCCUUUUGUCUGGAGUGGCCUCAAUAUCGACAGGCUACUUUCUGAGAGCUGCAGGCUUUAACUGGCCCUUUGUAACCUCUGCGUUGUGUCAGUGUUUGAUCCUACUCUAUGCAAUAUUCAUCCUAGAAGAGACUCUGAAGAAGGCUCCCACGGAUGCCGUUAGUCCAGAUGGGUCUCCUCAGCGCUCAGCCUUGAAACAGAUGAUCUUUGGGGUCUACAAGAUGUUUGCAGGGGCCAAGUGUAAAACUGUGUUGAUUCUCCUAAUACUCAUCUUCACCAGCUUCUCCUUUGCCUAUGUGGGUGGGAUGUCCUUGAUGACCCUAUAUGAGCUCAAUGAGCCACUGUGCUGGACUGAGAUUUUGAUUGGCUACGGCUCAGCACUGUCCACCACUGUGUUCCUGACCAGUUUUGUGGGAGUGUCAGCGUUCACGUACUGUGGUGUGCCACAGCUGCUCAUUGUCCUGAUGGGGAUCCUGUCCGUCAUAUCGGGCAUGAUCUUGUUGGCGUUUACUAAGACCACUUUACUGAUGUUUAUAGUGAGGGUGCCAAUGCUUCUGUCUAUCAUGCCUUUCCCUGUUCUGCGUUCCAUGAUGUCAAAGAUCAUCUCAAAGUCUGAGCAGGGAGCCCUGUUUGCCUGUCUUUCAUUUUUGGAAAGUUUAACUAACAACGUAUCAAGCGCAGUCUUCAACAGUGUGUAUGCUGUUACAGUAGCUUGGUACCCUGGCUUCAUCUUCCUGUUGUCUGCAGGACUCUGUGUCAUCCCUUUGUCUAUCCUAGGGGUGGUGGGUCUGAUCGGAGUGGAUGUUGCUAAAGAGGCAAAAGAUCCAGAGCCUAUUCUCUCAGAGGAGGAGGAUCCUGCUAUAGAUCAGAACGACAACAGCCCUCUUGUUAGCUGAGCCACAUUGACUGCCAAAACCUCACCAGCACUGUGUUCCGUUUUUUUAUAUUGUCUUAGUAUUCUAAGAUACUUUUUUCAAAAGUACCUCAGUUGUUGUCAGUUUCAAAAAGUUAAUAAUACAGGUUACAGUCAUCUCUAAACUUUUUUGGUGUGGUUGUUUGUGUGGAUGAUGAUGAUGAUAAUAAUAAUAAUGUGCAUCCAAUAUUACAAUUAAGAAUGGUGUGUGCAUUCUCAGAGAAAUAUACCUGAAAAUGGCACAUUCAAAAAGAGUUUGUGUUUUUUAUACAGUUUUACAGUGUGAUGUGAUCUGCUUUUUUAAGAACCAGUUAUGUUUCAAUUAUGCAAACUGAUUCUGAAAUACGCUUUGUCCCUUCGUCUCUCCUUUUUAUAUGUAAUAUAACACAAAUUGUGUUUACUAUAUAACAUUGUUCUUAGCUUUCAAACAAAUCUGCAAUUUAGAUGCAUUUUAUUCACUAAGUGAUGUAAAAAUAAGCAAAUAUUACAGUAUAUAUGUGAUUUUAAAGAAUGUUAAACUGAUCAAACCGGUGAAGCAAGUAAGAGAACAGAGUAAGGACAGUGUUUUUUAAGAAAUGAAUAGUCUCUACAACAAAUAUUUUUUUGGUUUAAAACCACAGAUAAUUAAACAUUUUUGUAGUAUCAGCUAUCCAGUUUUUGAAAACAACAUUAAUGAGAGGAUUGAUCAGAUUUAUUUUUUAUAGGUGUGUGUGUGUGUGUUUGAACAAUAAAGUUAAAACAGGAUGACAUUUUCCCCGGGGGAUGUGACCCUUGCCAUAAGAUUUGUUUGUUUGUUUGUUUGUUUUAUGGGGAGAUAUGGAUUUGUUUUUGACUCAGGAGUUUACUAUCUGUGUGGUAACUUGAGUUUAAUGUUCUUUUGUGACUCAAUUCCAAAUGUUUUAAUGUGUUUUAAAGUGGAAACAAAUCAGUGAAUUCCUCUGACACUGUCCCAAAGAAGACCAACCAUUAGGAAGACUAGUCUUUGCUGUUGGGACAGUCUCUCUUCACGUUUGUCUUCCUGUUGCUCGCUAACUAAUGGAAACUGGACAGCAAUAACAUGAUCAAGUAUUGUAAAGCACCUUUCCUUAAAUACUUGUCAACCAUAAAGGGAAUAAAAUCCAUCAAGCCAGACUUGAGUAUUCAGGGAGGCAAUCAAGUUCACAAUCACAAUUGUCAGACAAAAGUGUAGAACUCUGAACUGUGAAUUUGGUCAAUGAUUCAAAUAGACUAAAGGAAGUUCAUUAUGUUGUCACAUGACUCACUUCAGAUGUAACUGUAUAUCAAGAGUAUAUGACUGCAUCCAUUUCCAAGUCUCUACAUUUCUAGUCACAGGUUCACGUCAGUAGCAACAAAAUAUAUGUCUUUCAUGCAGUGAAAUAAAUCCUUUCUUAAAGUAAAGUUGUGGGUGUGGGCUUGACUCUUAUGUAAAUCUGUAUUCUGAGUCACAAUACUGGCAUGUUUUAAUAUAUCCAUGUCCAUGUGAAAGAAUAAAUUAAAAUCUUCUUAAACAGAA